CUUCCCUUCUCUCUCUUGGAGGAAAAGAAAAGAGAGAAAAAGAAAGAGACCGGAAAGAAGAACGAUCCCCUCCUAAUCUCUCUCCCUCCCUCUGGGCACGGAUCAGUGAACGGUGAUGGCAAAUGAUAAGUUGAAACAUGAACGAGAGCCCCUUGGCUCUACUUCACCAUUACAAAGGAUCAAAGAAAGUGAAAUCUCGGUUCAAAGUAAUGAACCUAAUGAUGUGUCUAACUUCGUGGGGAACCUUAGUAAUAGUAGUGCUGCUGGAGCUGAUGAUAUAACCAUUCCAAGUAUGACGAUGCCGUUUUCACUUUUUCCUUUUGAAGACAUUGAUGGAACGAAUAACCCUUAUGCCAUGGAAAUGCCGCUGACUGAUAUUAAUUGGAUGACUGAUCUCACUCUACCAUUCAGCAACCCUCAGGAUCCAAUGUUUGACUAUGAUUCUGUAUAUGGGAAGGGUAGAAAACCGGUCCAACAUAGGUCAGAUUCAAAUUUUAUCGGUUUGGAUGUGAAGCAAACUCAUCGUCCUCUUGAUUAUUCAAUGCCUCCUGCUAAAGUGGUCAGUGCUAUGUUUGAUGCGGACGUUAAACCUCCUGUUGACAGGAAAUUAGUAACUGCUAAUGGAAACUUUGCUGCAGCCUUAUAUGGUAUACAUCAGAAUGAAGAACUAAAUAGAAAUAUAGGCAGGCCUCAGCUAUUUAGAAAUUUCAUAAGCGAUGGAGUUAGCACCCCUGUGGCAGGCCAUACCAUAGAUGGCUUAGGCAUGGCAAAAAAUAACAAUUUCAUGACAACCAAAGUUCAAGAGGAUUGCCCAGAAAACCUUGAUGUGAGUUUCCUAACCCUGGGGUUUGAGCGGAAGACUGAGGAUUUAUCUAAAUCUAUAAGAUCAGAAACAAAUGUUGCUAAUAAUUUUGGAAGGGAUGCCCUUCCUCAACCAAAUACUUUUCUAUAG